AUGCAUCCCCAAUACACUCCAUAUCUUUUCGCAGUCCCCUUUCUCGCCUCCUAUCCAUCACCCGUUAACGCAGUUCCAACAAACUUCAACCUAACCGCUAUCACCGCCUCGAAAAACAUAUCUAUAUUCCAAUGCUGGCAACUCACCGAUCCCAUUAUCUCUGGUGAGCAGCCUGGCUACGGUAGCGAGAUGAUUUUACAGAAUUUGGGCGCGAUGGGAAAUGCGACUUAUGGAUAUCUGUCUGCUAAUUUCCCCGGCGCUGCCCAUGUAGCGCCUGCUGCACAAUACGUGGUUCUUCUCUCAGGACAAAUGGUCAUCACCAUAUCCGAAACAAACCAGACUGCAACUUUCACAGCAGGCGCAAAUGGUAUUAUUGUAGCAGCAGAUACGCAAGAUAAAAGUGCGAAUGGACAUAUGACGGCGUCGUUGGAUGAACCAGUUGCGACGCUGCAGAUACCUUUUUUGGGGGGUGUACCGCCGGGGUAUAAGGUUUUGCAUGAUGGGGUUUGUGGGGAGGAUGAGCUGGAGUUUAAGUGA